GGCUCCGUUUCACUUCUCUGCUCAGCUAUCUUUUUCGUCUUCUCUCUCUCUCCCUCUUUGUCUCUCUCCGUUGUUCUGUUUUGCUUGGUCUCGUAGGGUUUCGAUUCACAGUUUUCCCCAGCAAUGGCGGAGCACAAAGAGAGUUCAGAUUCAAUGGCCGAGUCGCUGGUGGAGAAGAUCACCGAGAAGCUUCAUGGCGACGAUUCCUCGUCCUGCUCCUCCGAUUCGGAUUCCGAUAAGAAGCCCAACUCGUCGCCCUCGUCCGUCAAGGCCAAGACUUACCGCCUCUUCGGCCGAGAAAAGCCAAUUCACAAGGUUUUCGGUGGAGGAAAACCUGCUGACAUUUUCCUCUGGAGGAACAAAAAGAUAUCUGCCGGUGUUCUUGGUAGUGCCACUGCCAUAUGGAUUCUGUUCGAUUUGCUGGAGUACCACCUUCUUUCUCUAGUGUGCCACAUACUGAUACUGUUGCUUGCAAUCUUCUUCUUGUGGUCCAAUGCUGCAACAUUUAUCAACAAGUCUCCUCCACGUAUUCCAGAAGUUCAACUUCCAGAGGAACCGUUCCUUGAGGUUGCCUCCGUUCUGAUGACUGAAACUAACCGAGCCCUUGCAGUAUUACGAGAAAUAGUUUCUGGAGGGGAUCUGAAGAAGUUUCUUGGAGUGAUUGGUGGCUUGUGGGUAUUGUCAAUUGUUGGAACAUGGUGCAGCUUCCUAACAUUGUUUUAUAUAUGUUUUGUGAUGGUGCACACAGUGCCCGUGCUAUAUGAAAAAUACGAAGACCGAGUUGAUAAGCUUGCAGAAAGAGCGAUGAUUGAGAUCAAGAAGCAAUAUGCAGUGUUUGAUGCCAAAGUUCUCAGUAAAAUUCCGAAGGGGCCAUUGAAGGACAAGAAAAGAGCUUAAAGAGGAGAAGGUUUUUACCGUGCCAUGGCGUGGUUUCGUUCUGGAGGACUUUGGUUUUUCUCUGUACUUUAUUUCCCGGUAUUUUCUGUCAGUUCCUACCGUCGCUCCACAAUUAGGAACGUGUUAAGGUGUAGGUGCUCUCGAGGAUAUUUUUUAUGUAGCAUCCACUAGAGCUGGUUUUAUAACAGUUCCUAUAAUUAUUGCAGUUUUUGUCAUUCGAUAUUUAAAAGGGUACUCUUUCCCUUUUUGUUACGUUACCAUCAUACACGUACAGCUGACAAACCCCAGCUUAAUCAUAGAAUUGUCAUUUGAUAUCUAA